UAAGAGGCCACUGUUUGUCUAACUUUAGCUAACCCGUGCACUUCCUGUCGUGUGCUUUGGCUAGCUCUCGGAGCCAAAGGGUCCAAUUACCCUCUGGCUAGAUUUGGAUUCUUCUUUCUCGAUCUCUCUCCAGAGGUGUCUCUUCCUGCACGCAUUACUUCUGGAUUUUAAAAAGCUUGCUUUCCUCAUAAAUUUGUAUAAGCAAAGCCAGCUCCAUCUAUCUGAAAAGGAAAGAAGAGUUCCUGGAUCCUUUGCAGUUGAUAAUUUCUAAGUUGUUUGAUUACAUGUACACUUCAUGCAAUUUGCUUGACAAGUGAGUCAAGGCUGUAUGUUUUUUAUCCAUGACUCGGUGUGCAGAGGAAGAGGACCCUGGUGAGGAAAAUAAUCUGAAGACUUUUGAGGAGAGAAGGGCCUGGCUUUUCACUGUGCCGUGGAGUCGGCUGGGAUAAACAGCCAUUCACGCAUCCUGCAUUUUAAAUUCCAGGCACAACCUGAAACCCAAAGAAGAACUUCUCCAAGAAGCUCACAGACUGCGCCUGGCUGAUGGUAAAACCAUGGGGCUGAGUCACGUCUGCCUGCAGCUGCGGAGACACUGAGGUCUGCAAGCCCGGCAGGGGCCAGCCCUGCUCCCUUGGAGGAAAUGGCCGAGCAACCUCAGCUGCAGCACAUGAAAACUUCCUUCCUCUUCAUCCAUCUGCAGCCCCCACCAACCCGAGCUACCCAAACUUUCCCCGCCCCGUCUCCAGCCACAGCAGCAUCAACAGCAGUCCCAGGGGGACUGGAGGAGGGAGGCAGUUUUCCAAGUCCCAGGACAAGCUUCUUGGCUCCCUGGGAACUCAGAUGUACACAGGUCUUAGCGCCUUCUCCUUUGAGCCUGCUGCCGGCAGAAGGGCCUGGAACACGAACACCAGCUGUUUCCAAUCCCCAUUCACUGAAGGAAAAGGAGGAAGAAACAGACAAACCUCAGAAUCUGGAAGUAAGGAGGGGUGCUGUUGGCGGAUCCCCUCAGAGUAGGCGGGGCCUGGACCCUGUCUCUAGGAAACUUGGCUACCCACAACAAUUGCCAUGCAGGCUUGCUAGCCCAGCUCCUGCUAUGAAUGAUGGGAGAAACAGUCCUUCCAUGGGCUGGAAGCACUGGCCAGUCAUUUCUGCCCACGAGGACCUGUGCGGUAUGGACCCGCAAGCUGGGAAUGCCGCCGAGUUCUCAGUUGCACAAAGCGUCCAGUCCUUCGCUGCUGACAUGGGCAAACAGACAACCCAGAGGAGAGGAGCAACUUUUACCCAAGAGGUACUCCCGACGAACUGUGAAGAAGAAAUCGGUACCACAGUACUAGCAACAAGAGCCCAACUCUUCAGAUACUGCCCAACAGUUCAGAUCAGUCAGAGCUGCCUGGCCCCACCUGCUGCUGUGCCUCUCAAGGUAAGAACCGGAAAAUACUGGAAUUCUCUAGACUUCGGCUAAAACACAGCCAAGGGGAUGGGGACAGGACACAGAAUGCAAAUUCUGGCCCUCGGCCA